GGGAAUCAAGGAGGCUCGAAUGUAAACAAACUCUGACAGGUAACAUUUGGGCUAGAGGUACUGUGAGAUGCAAUCAUGCAAGAAACGUGGCGAGACAGAGGUGUACGACAGAGGUGUAUUGUGCCAGUGCUUCACAGCCUACUGCAGCAGGAUCAGGCCGCCCCAGCAGGAUGUUUGGCCUGGCAGUGAUAGGGAUGUCCUGCCUCAAGCUGCUCCUGCUCCCUGCUUACCGGUCAACAGACUUUGAGGUUCACCGUAACUGGCUGGCAGUGACCCAUAGUCUGCCCCUGGACCGCUGGUAUGUGGACCAAACUUCCCCCUGGACCCUGGACUACCCGCCCCUCUUUGCCUGGUUCGAGUUCCUCUUGGCCAAGGUGGCUCAGUUCUUCGAUGCUGCGAUGCUGGACGUAAACAACCUGAACUACGCCUCACCCAUGACUGUGCUGUUCCAGAGACUGUCCGUGAUUGUGACCGACCUCGUCUUUGCUUACGGCUGCAAAGUGUGUGGGGAAGAGGUGGGGCGGGUGGGCGGCAUGGGGGGUGGGGCGGCCAGGAAGGGAGCAGUGGUGGCGGCGACGGCAUCACUGGGGCCGGCGGUGGGGCUGGUCCUCCUCACCAGUCCGGGGCUGCUGCUGGUGGACCACAUUCACUUCCAGUACAAUGGCUUUCUCUUUGGCCUCCUCUUCAUCUCCAUCGCCAGAAUGCUGCAGAGGAGAGAGAUCGAGUCAGCGUUCUGGUUCUCAAUUCUCCUCAACUUGAAGCACAUCUACCUCUACCUGGCCCCGGCAUACUUCAUCUACCUCCUCCGUUCCUAUGUGCUCCUCGGCCCCUUCCCCGCCCGCGCCGACAAGCCCCAGACCUCGCGCCUCGCCCAGCUCCUCCGUCUUGUCAAGCUUGGGGUGGUGGUGGGCAUGGUCUUCAGUCUGUCCUUUGGUCCCUUCAUCAUGCGUGGUCAGCUUCUGCAGGUCCUGGCACGUCUGUUCCCCUUUCGCCGAGGUCUCUGCCAUGCCUACUGGGCACCAAACUUCUGGGCGCUGUACAACUUUGCUGACAAGAUGCUGGUGGUGGUGGGAGGGCGGCUGGGGUGGCAGGUGGCGAAGCAGGGUGUGGCCAGCAUGACAGGAGGCCUGGUGCAGGAGUUCAGCCAUACAGUGCUGCCAUCCGUGCCACCCGUCGCCACACUCAUUGCCACCGCGCUAUCCAUUGUGCCCGGCCUGGUGGUGCUGUGGAGGUCGCCCCACAGUCCAUGGCAGUUCAUCCGUAUGCUGAUGCUGUGUGGGUUUGGCUCCUUCAUGUUCGGGUGGCAUGUGCAUGAGAAGGCCAUCCUCAUGGUGCUGCUUCCCCUCGGGUUGCUGUGCUUGCUGAGGAAGGGUGAGGCACAGGUGUUCAUGUUCCUGAGCAUUGUGGGCCACUUCUCCCUCUUCCCACUCCUGUUCACCCCUCAGGAGACGCCGAUAAAGGUGACGGCGCUGGUGCUGCAUGCACUCUUCACCGUGCAGGUCCUCAGAGCACAGUGGGGCCAGCCACUCCUCCAUGCCAUUGAGAAUUUAUACCUACUGGGACUGGUGCCUCUGUUCCUGCUGCUGGAGCUGGGGCUGGGACGCUUGGGGCUGGGCGAAGGGCUGCCGUUCCUGCCUCUCAUGCUGGUGUCGGUGUACUGUGCCUUAGGAGUCACCUACAGCUGGCUGAAGCUCACCUACUUAGUGAUUGGCAGUGCAUGGAAGUUUAAAAAGAAGACAAGCUAAGGGGCCAUGUCUGUAUUGUGUCAAGUUGUGGGUUCUGUUUUGUGAGGCUGUGGGUGUGUUAUGCUGUGCAGGCUGGUGGUGGUAGUGGUGGUGGUGGAGAGAUAGUGUUAUGUUGUGGACUGGUACUUAAGAAGGUGGAUCAGUGGAAGUAGGUGCUUAACCCCCUAAAGGACCAGUGGUGGUGUUUAUUUUUGUCCCAGUAGAACCAACCCUCCAGUGCUAAACGUUGAAAAUAGCCUGUAUUCACACACUUUUUAAACUUAAGUGUACAAUGGAAGAGUGAAUGAAAUAGACUUUGUAUCCAACAAGAAGUCUAACGAUGCCAUCCAGAUGUCUCUACGUGCAGUGGUUAUGGAGAGACAACAGGUUGAAGAGAAGAGAUUUUUGGAGACUGUCACUUGCCUGUCAUGCUUUUGUUUCACCUGACUGGAUAAGGCUAGUGCCAAAUGAAGAUGGGUGCCCUGAGCUUUCUUCACACAUGCUGAACAGUUUUAUCAUGUUGCCACCCUAAUGCACUCUCACUAAGACGUAUCAAAUGGUUGAGUGCAAGGAGGUAAUACACAUGGCAUUGAGGCGCAAGGAUGGGAGAGAGUGGGCAGGGAAUCUGACUUGUCAGAAUCUUUCUCACUGCAUGUGGAUAUGGUGAGAAUUGGGCAGACUGAGAAAUUAACCUAACUAGCUUGCAGGCCAUAUUUCCAAAGAUUGCACUACAAAAAUCUACAAAAAAUAGAUAAAUUUAGCAUAAAAAUCACCUCCAGUCCUGGCCUGGUAAAGCAGCUGUAGCCACCUCAGGUCCUUUAAGGGUUAAGUAGUUUUGGGUGUUUUAUUGGAUUUGAAAGUGGGAUGGUGGAUCAGAAGCAUUGCAGGAGUACUGGAAAAGUGUCUGUCUUGUGGAGGAGUCCUGUGUUUGAGGCUGUCAAGGGAACAACUGAAGGUUGAAGGAAAACUCAGCUCAGGUCUUUGAAGUAUUUAUUGUUAUUGAUCAUAUUGUGGGUUUUCUAUAAGCCCUUCACCUUCAGAUGGAUCAUGGUUUAGUCGCAGGAAAUGUUUUUGUGCGUGUGUGUGUACCUUGUCUCAGCUGCUCCCUUUCAUGGGAAUGUUGACCUCAUGAAUAGGUACAGUCUUUGCAUCCAAAAUAUGCAAAAGGAUGUGUCAUUCCAGAGGUGACUGAGAGCAGUACAGUGUUCAGGUGGUGAUGGCGAGUGAUGUUUGUGAUGAUGAGCAGCUGACGAGCUUUAAGGAAGAAUACUUUGCUCAAGGCUACAGGGUGAUGUGGCCCCUGUUUGUGACUUUCAAGAAGUGUUGAGAGGUGUUGCCAAUGAGGGAAUGAGUGUUUUGCGGUGUUGAGAUCUGUUGACAUUCAAAAGGCUGUUAAGAGAUGUUAAGAAGUACUGGGAAAUAUGUUAUAAUGCUGAUAUGUGGUGAUGUGCAGAUAUUAAUGAUAAAGUGCAAAAAACUGAUGCCAAAUGGUGGGAAAAACAUUUAAUUUUCAAGCCUUGUUUUCAUUUAACAUACUUUCAAUGUACUUUAUGCUUUCCAUCAAUCUGAAGUGCUUUGAUCUGCAGUGACAUUAGUUCAAGCAGAUAAGAUGAUUGAAGAUUGAGAGGAAAAUACCAGGCAGUAGUGUUGGUUAAUCAGCUUUUGUCCAUGUGUGCACCACAUCAGCUAGUGACAUGAAUGGCUUCUGGUGUUAUCAGCACAAAGAAAUGUCAUGAUGGGUGGAAUCUGUUAUGUACAGUGUUUGUUAUUUGUAUCGUUAAGGAGGAAGAUAAUCUGCCUCAUUUUCUAUGCAUGAAGUCAUGAGUGGGCACACUAGAAAACCUGACUUGGCCAUUGUGUCCUCUUGUUGACCACUGCAACCACCGCUGUGGGAGACGUUGGGCAGUACCUUCUCCAUGAAGUGUUACACAUUCCACAAGGUGCCAUCAAAAAGUUUUGAGAGUAUAUAUAUUUUUUUACUUGCAUAAGAGACUACUAACUAAAAGAUUCACCAGUUAUUCACCAUGAUAUAAUCAAAAUUAAUGUAGGUUGCUCAAGGCCAGGCCAUCAAGUUCAACACUAACACAGUCUUUGUCUUUCUUUGUAUGUUGCAAUUCUACAAUGGAAUGUCUACUUUCUGUAUUCUUUUGAUUGAUUUGUGAGGCAGGCAACACAGAGUACUUACUUUUUUUGUGUUGCUUGAAGAUUCUGUUUGGCACAAGGAUUACCCAAGGAACAUAUUACCCAAGGAACAUAUAAUUGGGGUUCAGACCCCCCAAAAAAAUUUAGGACAGUACUGUGCAAAAUACAUUGCUGUAGGGCUGUGCAUUACUUGGUGGCUAAGGAGUGGAGUUUAGGGCAGUAACACUGCUGCCCCGCAGGACACUGCACCACCCCACAUUGCACUGCAUUCUGCACACCCUCCAUCCUUAUUUUGUUUCUGAGUUUGUCAGAAACAUGUUAUCAUAAGAUAUCACUCUUCUUUUGAACAUUCAAUAAUAUUUAUUGAGCCACAGGGAACAAAUAUUAGUGGCUAAGCACUUAGGCUGUCCCAAGUAUUGUACCAUUUUCACACCAUUCCUGCUGCCUUGCUUUUUUCAUCAUUCAAGUUUUAUUGUUCUACAGUGUUCUGCAGCAUUCCAGGCUCCACACAUUCAUCUCUCACCACCAUAUGUAUGCAGAACACCUUGUUUUCAUUGUUAGACAGACAUAAAGAAAAAAUGUAAUACUUUGCAAGAGAAUAAAGUUGUUGAUCUUCAGUGCAAA